CAGCGCGUUGCCUGUAAAGCUCAGCAAAGUUUAUAUAAGGUGUAGAAAGAGGUCGAGCGGCCACGAAACUCCGCGUUGCUCACCUGUCGGACCCGGAUCUAGUGCGGGGAUAUCACAAGAUCUGCACGAAUGGGCGACGGGAAUCUGAUAUGAAACCCGUUUGAAGCAAAAUUUACGCAUACAAAAUGUGAACGCUUGUUUUAUCGCAUCAAGCCAGCGAUAGGAUCCCCACGCCGAGGAGCUAGACCCCAGCAAUGGGCAAGCGCAAUGGCCGCUACCCUCUUGUGGCUGCGCUGCCGCUGCUGUUCCUUCUUCUGACUGCCGCGCCGCUGCGCAGCGCGGCACAGGGCCUGCUUCUGGGCGACCGCCUUGGGGCCACUCCCUCUCUGGGCCGACUGCUCGACCGUGCAGGCGCAGGCACCAGCAACACAGCCGCCACCAACCCGGCCGGCGCCGGAGCGGUCAGUGCCGGCGCGGCCGGCGGCGGAAUCACCGGCCCAGUUGCGGCCGGCGCUGGCGGCGCGGCCGGCUCCCGGGCACUCGCUCCGGCCCCUUCAGGCUCAACGGAGGCGUCCACCAUUCGCACAGCGUCCCCCGGUUCCUCCCCCGGCAGCGUUCAGCAGUCCCCCACCUGGGAGUCCCCCAGCCCGGCAGGCUACAAUCAGUCCCCCGGAUAUGAGUCUCCCAGCGGAGAGAUCACCAGGGCGGGAGUCCCCCCCUCACCGGCGGCCGAGGUCCUAGUCCCGUCUCCCCCGCCGUACCUCCCCUCCUUCACGCCUGUUCAGGCCGCCGGGCCCCCCUCUCCGGCGGUGGCCACAGCUGCAGCAUCACCCCCCCAGUCCUGGGGCGCAGCCGCCUCUCCGCCCUGGGGCGUUGUCUCCGCGCAGGCGGCCCCGCCGGCCGACAGCUCCGCCACCGCGCCGCCAUCCCCUUUGCAAGCUGCGGAGUCUUACCCGCGGUGCGGCGCGGAUGCUUGCAGCGCGCCGCAGCCGGCCGCGUUUGAGGGCAGCGACAAGUUUGGCAACCUCACCUUCACGCUGCAGCUGAGCGCCAACUCUGGGCUGGUGCCCUUUGGGCAGGCCCAGUCCUGGGCAGUGGGCAACGCCACGCUGGCGCUGCUUCUCCCCGUCAUCGGUAACAAGGCGGCUGCAAUUGCCUCAGUUGAGCCGCUGGCCACGGACCAGAGCGGCAGUGGAGUGCAGUCCGUACGGGCCAAGGUGGAGGUGAAUUCCACUCGGCUGCACCUGUCCACGAUGCUGGCAGUGCUGCAGCAAACGAGCCAGAACCGCGAGUUCCUCAACCGGCUGCGCGCGUUCGGCCUGGGCAGCCUCAUUGAUGCAUACCUUACUAACAUCGCCAGCUCGGAACGCGCGCGCGUCGGCGGCACGGAUGGAUCCACUGCACAGGCGCCGUCUCCGAUUGCACUCGCGCCGUCGACACUUGCCCCGGCUUCACAGCUGCCCGCACAGGAUCUGAGCACCGCAGCUGCUCAGCAGGCUGCCCAGGCGCCCGCCUCCGGGCUGCCCACCAGGCAGGCGGUUGCUGCACCGGCCCAGACGCGGCUGGUGCCCGCGCGAGUUUCCGGGGCCAUCGACCUUGCACCCGCUGCGGCGCCACCAGCUGAGAGCAACCAGAUCGUGCCAGGCGUUGCGCCAGCGGCCGCGCAGCCGUCAUGGGGAGAGCCAAUGCCAAAUCAGACGCCCAGCCCCGGGGUGACUAUGACAAUGGCGCUGGUGGGCCCCAAUUCGGCGGCGUUGACUCCCGCCGACAGAUCAGCCAUCCAGGUCGCCAUGGCACAGGCCAUCCCCGGCAUCACCCCCGAUCAGGUGAUAGUUGGCCCCGCCCCUCAGCCGACCAACGCCGCCGGUACCAGGAACCUGCUUCAGGCGCCCACAUCCCCAUCCGUCUACACCAUCCAGGGCAGCGUGUGA